CUAACACAUAAGUCAGAAGUCAGUCUGCUCAUUGUUUUAUUUACAGCUCAUGCGUUACCAGUAAAUAAAUAAUAAUAUAAAGUCAUAUAUCAUUUUAACGAUAAAAGAAAAAUGAAGAAACCUGCAGGUGUUUUCAUUACAUUAUAUUUAAUAUUCACAAUUUCAGGAAUAACCUGUGAUGAGAAUAAUUCAUGUAAAAGUAUAAAUGAAGUAUGUGCAGACGAUAAGGACUGUUGUUAUCAAAAAUGUAGUUUCUCAUUAUUUCACUUUCAACGAUAUUGUAACGAUAACACUAACGUAUUUAGUUCAAUAACAUCCUACUUUAGUACUAAAGAACAAAUUGGAAUAUGUUCAUAUACCGAACCGACAAAUAUGUCUGUUAGUAAAAAAAUGUAUGGCAAAUUCGGUUUAAAUGCUGCCCACGCUGCAUUACCAUCAGGCACUAUAGUCGAAGUGAAGCUGAACGAUAAAAAGUUAAUGGUCACAAUAAACGAUAGUCCUUUAAAAUCAAAUGAAGAAAUUUUGCAGUUUUCUAAUGAAGCAGCUAAGGUAUUAAAUAUUAAAAGCGGAGAAUCAAUGGCUUGCAAUAUAAUAGUACCCCGAAUGGAGAAUAACCAAUAUCUAAAAUAUCUUAAUUAUGUUUUACCAUACGUUAGUUUAUUCUCGUUAUUAUUUAGUUUUAUAUAAAUAUAACCUAAACAAUACAUUUAUUUCGAAAUUUAAAAUUCAGUUCUUAAAGGAAUAAAUUAGUUUGAUGCAGACUUUAGAUUCUAAGCCCAAGCAUUGUAAAAGUUUACAUAUUGUGUUUAAUCCAAGAACUCAACCUUUUUUUUUAAAUUAAGUAUU